GGGCGUACAGAAGACUCUCUCUGCGCAUGCGUUCACCUUUGUCUCUAAUGGCGGCCUCCAGUGGGGAAAAGGAACAGAACGUUCCCUCAGAAACGGAUGAGGUACCUUUGGAUGAGAAACAUGCAGCGACGGGUAGCCAGGAUGUAUUGAAUGGCUCAUCAGAGGAUGAUCUUGCUUUGAUAAACUUUGUGGGUAUGAAGAUGGGGGAUGGGAUUGACAAGACAACUGAUCCUGCAGAUGAGAGUGAACCCAAAGAAGUUGAAAAUAAUCCAACCAAUGGCACGCCAUAUAUAGAUCAUGUAGCUACCAUUGACCAAUCAAAGCCAACUAAGGAAGACAUGUUGAAGAGGGAGCCCCGUGCCAAGAUGUCGCCAGGGAGGCUGCAGCCCGGGGGAGACAAACCUCACAAUUGUCCAAUAGGCAACAGUCUCCACAAAGUGCAACUUAGUACCAAUCUUUCCGAGAAUGAAGUAAAUGAUGGGACUGAUUCUGGGAUAUCCUGUUUGUCAAACUGUGAUUCCAAAAGCUCCGAAUCCACAAAUGACACUUUGUCUACAGACACUAGUGCAGCUUUGGAAACGGAAAGAACUGAGCUCACGAAUGGUGUUGUAGGGGAGAAAAAGGUAGACUCAGAAAUAACAUUGAAGCUUUCUGCCAAUUCAAGUGUUCCAAAUUCAUCUAAGGACAUUGUAGGAAAACCAAGUGUUACAAAAACAUUGCCGAAAGCUCGAAAAUCUGUUCAAUCAUCAGCUAAAACUUCCAUAAAGACUGUUAACUUAGCACCUAUAACUAACAGGACAGUGAAACUGGCUGACCUGGAAAGUGCUUUAAAAUGUGAUAAGGUUAUAGAAUCUGAUUCCAAUAGGAAGGAUGGCAGUGAAGAGGAUCUCAUGAACAAUAAUAACGACUCCGCAGGGGAAAGUCGAACUGACGAUAAGAGUGGAAUGAAGGUGAAGAAGAAGAGGAAGUUUAAGGCAGGAAACUACAGUUUCCCCGGCCAAAAGAAAAAGAAAAAGUAUUUCAAGAAACUGGAUGAUAGUUUAGACAAUAGUUGUAACCACAGUGUGAGCAGCAAUGCUAGUUUGGAUGAUAUGGAUGGAUAUGAUGAUCGGGUUGACAAUGAUGACAUCUUCAACAGCAGCACGGAAUGUACCCCUAAGGGAGACAGCAGUGCUACUGAUGUCAUGGCUGUUCUCUCACAGAAUUCCCAUUUAGCUUUCAAGGCAGCAGCAAAGACAAAAAUAACCGCUCGGAAAAAAAUUAGGACUUCUACUUCUCCGCAUGGGAAAAGUGUGAUGGAUUUGCUGAACUCAUUGCGGAAAUCACAAAUUAACAGGCAGCAGGAAGAUAGUGAUGCAAAGGGGAGUCAGUCAGAUAGAGCAGAUACAUCAGAUUCCAUAGAUGGAGAUAAACAUGAUUGUGUUGAUGGGGAGGAAGAAUCAGUUGAGUUCAGAAAGAGUCUCAGGAAAAGGAAAACACAAGAAGAUGAGCAGUGUGAUGCCACCACCGCCACAACGAUACCAACAGAGAUGGACGACUCAGGUGACACAGCCAACUCCUUGUCAGGUAAGAAGAGGAAGAUGGAGGACGGCGUGGAAUGUCCAAUCACACCAGUCGUCACCAUUGUAUCGGAACAUCAACCUACCCCGGUUGGCCUCAAGUCUUUAUUACCGAGGAGUGUGACCACCACACCCACUAGUCAGCCAACCACAGACACAUCCACCCCUGGGAUGGGGAAAGGUGUGAAAUGUGUAUCCUCACCAUUGGCGCUUCUGUCCAGCCAGUUGGCAGCUAGUAGGAGUGUUAACUCUGUGCCCAAACCAUGUGGCCCCAAAAACUCUGAAGCAUUACGUGCACUGCUGGUGUCUGGGUCCUCCUACCUCCCACCGAGAGGUCCUACAAGUGCUACUGCAAUGCCAGUGUUAGGCCAGGUGAAGCGGGAAGGUGGUGGUGCUGACUGCUGUAACGGGGAGAAGAUUGUGGCUCCACAUGGCAGAGAGACCAAGGUGGCCUCAACACCCAAUGGUCUUUGUUAUCCAGUCACCCCACCUAAAACUCCAGAAGAUGGAACUGCAUGUGAUAACUCAUCCCACCCGCCGUCUUGUCCUACUUCAGCUAUGGGCAUAUCCCCAGACAAGGACAUCAUUCCCCUGUGCUGCUGUAAGAUCAAUGGUGCUUCCUUCAACAAGCUCACAUCAGGCGUCACUUACUGUCAGGCUCUAGAUUCUGUGGAUGGCAAGGUAAUGGGUUGCUGCAACAAGGUGAGCAACAACCAGUUGGUGCGUCCUGCCGUCAAGAUCCCCUUCAUGGCAGUGUGCGAGGCCCAUCGCAAAAGGCUCAAGUUGCAUCAGUGCUGCCCGGGCUGUGGACAUUUCUGCACACAGGGCAAGUUUUACCAGUGUAGGAAGGAGGGUGGUACGUCAGUGCACAGUUUCCACAAGCUGUGCCAGGUGUUGAAAGAUGGCAAGUACUACUGCCCUCAUUGUGGGGAAGAGUCAGCUCAAAUGGAAAUCUGCUUGGGCUACAGUGACGCCCCACAGCCCAUGGCCAUUCCAGACAGCAAGAAUACUUCAAGGAGGGCAAUAUCCAAGGUGAAACCAGCAUUUGUGUAUCCUCAGCUGAGGGGGAAGGAGAAUGAGGACACAGACACAACACCACCUGUAACUCACACACUUCCGUCAUUGAAGACCUUAUCUACAGAGGGGCUCCCCUUAGGUCCAUCUCGUCACCAUCUGGAGAAGAUGCUGACCAGCCUAACAGAAGAAAGGCCUAAGAAGUACAGGAAUUUAUCUAGGAGCAUGUACAUGCCAGCCUAUGAGGGAGACCUGGAGAAACUACUCUAUAUGUUGAUUGAUGGAGUGGAUCCCAAUUAUCAGUACGAGGAGUAUGAUGACGAGACUGCCCUCCACGGGGCAGCAGCUAGCGGUCAUCUGGCCAUUGUCCACGUCCUCGUCCAGGCAGGUGCAGCUACUCACCUGAAGGACAAGACACUGAAGACACCCCUGAUGAUGGCGGCUGAACAUAACAAGCCUAACGUUGUACAGUACCUCAUGAAGGUUGGGGCCAGGGUGGAUGACCGGGGGGAGGAUGGGAUGACCUGCAUCCACUAUGCUGCUAAGGCGGGACACACUGAGGUCAUCAAACUACUGCUGGAGAGUGGCAAAAUUGGACCUAAUGCACAGGAUGAUGGCGGAUGGACACCUAUCAUCUGGGCAGCUGAGUCACAGCUUAUUACCACUGUCAAGUACCUCAUCUCACAGGGAGCUGACCCAACCGUCAAGGAUAAUGAGGAGAACACAGGCCUACACUGGGCAGCCUACGCUGGUAGUGUUGCCAUCACAGAGAUGUUUUUGGAUUCAGGAUGUGAGUUCGACACACCCAAUGAACACGGAGAUCGACCAUUACAUAUAGCAGCCCGACAGAACCACUAUGAGAGUGUUGUGCUGCUCCUAGCCCGUGGUGCUGAUGUAGAAGUGAGGAACAACAAUAACGAAACUCCACUCACGUGUUGUCUGGAUCAGACCAGUUCUACGUGGAUGGCUCUCAAAGUCAACAAGCAGCUCAAAGGAUUUGCUGCUAAACUCACUCGGCCAGAAAAGUUGCUUCAUAGGGACAUCUCCUACGGGCGGGAAAAGAACCCUAUUGCUUGCGUGAAUGCUGUAGAUGAUCUAACAGUUUCAACAGACUACCUGUAUAUUGUUGAGAAUAUAGUAAACAAGCCCUCUGAACAUCAACAGAGUCAUCACAAGCCUACAGAGCUGCGGUGUAAAGAUGACUGUUCCUCCCAGUUCUGUGUGUGUGCACAGAAGCUUGGUGUCAAAUGCUUUUGGAUUUGACAAGUUUGGCCAUUUGACCUUAAUAGAUUUCCAACCUGGUUGAGCCCCCACUGCUGUUUGAGCGUAUCAGCAUGUCGGUGUUGACCAACUGUAAACAAGCGGGUUGUACAAAAUGGCAUCA